AUGACAAUCAGAAGUGUUGCAGAACUGAAUACUAAGAAUAUUUUGCAGAAUAAUAGUGCGAUUGAAAUCAUGGAAUAUCACAGGCGGAUGGUUAACGAGUUUCUGGCAUUUAAAUAUGUUGUUAGAAAAACUUUACAUUUAUAUAAAUACCAAACGGCUAAUGAGUACAUAACAUCAAAGCAAAUAAGCGACGAAAGAAAUAAAACUAAAUCUUCAGUUCAGCAAUUAAUCGAUGACAUAGAAUUGGAAAAAUACAAAUCUUGGUUAAAAAGCAAUUAUAAGAACGACGAGCGCAGCGGGACAUAUCGACGUUUCUUGGAUGAAUUGGAAUCCUUUUUUGAUGAAAACCAACAAGAGUUAGAUACUGUAAAAGUUACGGGUUAUGCUCUUUCCCAGAAUCCUUACAAUUUCAAUAAUACAGUUUAUUCAGCUUCAAAGGUUGCCCCAAGGAAUAUCUUCAUAAAACCGUUCGACAAAAAAGAUUACGAAAGGAAAUACAAAAAACUUGGAACGGUUUCACGUGGAUCAAUCCCUGCGUUCAAACCGACUCAAAUCUUUGCGGAAGCUUCAAAAAGUGAUAUUGGUAUCAAAGACAUUACGGAUAUCGCACUAACAACAUUAUCCUUUCUUUCCUUUGGAGUUUUCAUUUUACAAGUCUUAGCUUGCAUAACUAUUGGAAAACAUGACACAAGCAAUAUAAUCUUUACGCAUUCAGCGACUCAAAGCACCAUGAUUGAUGGAGAUGAAAUUGAAGAGAUCCGUAGAAUUAAGCGGUCAUCUAAAAACAUACCUGGCUCUAAAACACUGAAUAUUCUUGUUCGAAAGUCUUUGCGUGCGCAUAAAUUAUUUUUCAAUACAACUGGAAUGAGUAAAUCCUGUUAUUACUACCGAAUUUGCGAAAGCAGUGAACUUGCAAGAAAACAAUCGUUGGAUAAUAUAUUUUGGAUUCUAAUUUGGAGUUCGGGAAGUAGCUGGAUAACAAGCUAUAAACGAAUGGCAUCGCGUGAUGAUGCUGGUGAACAUAUAAUGGAUUUGGAGAUUUUAAGGGCUGUUAUAAUUGGCAUAUUAGGAAAGGAUUCUUGUAAAAACUAUUUCCAGAAUGCGUGCUUGCGAGAAAGCAGAUAAAACCAAAUAUUUCGAAAAGCAGAGUUUCUUGCAGAAGCUUAACUGUUAUCUAUUUUGGACUACUCAUCACAGUAUAACAUACAAAUGUAUUUAAAAAAAAAAA